AUGUCUGUCCGCACUGACUUUGCCACCGUGGAGGUUCCGAACGAUUCUCACGUUCAGAAGAACGAGAACAACAUGGAGCGAGAGAAGAAACGUCUUCUGAACUAUUUGCGACAGGAAAGAAAAAGAGGCGGUGACGAGGAAUUUGGACGACGGAUAAAAACAAUCCGAAAGCUUUCGCAGUUCAGUCACGGUCAAUCGAAUCCGACGUACAAAUUGCUCGUUGAAAUGACAGAUGGGACGUUGAAAUCAUACGUUUUGCGGAAGAAACCGGGUGGGAAUAUUUUAUCGAGCGCACACGCGGUGGAGAGAGAAUUUCAGGUACAGCUUGCGUUGAAGAGAAAACACCCCAACUUUCCAGUCCCGAGGAUGAUUCUGUUGUGCGAAGAUAGUUCAAUUUUAGGCACGCCGUUUUAUAUCAUGGACUUUGUGCAAGGCACGAUAUAUUUACAACCGAAAUUACCAGUCAUUACGAGAGAGGAACGGAAGACAAGAAUAUACGAAAACAUGGCGAAAACGUUAGGCGCUUUGCACUCGUUCGACAUUCGCGAGCUGGGAUUGACUUCCUUCGGAAACAUCUCCAGUGGAAGUUACUCGAGACGAACGCUGAAAAGAUGGUUCGGACAAUACGAAAAAAGUAUUACGAAUAAGUUGGUAGAAACACCGGAAAAAGAAGUCGUCAUGAAGUUAGUCGCGUGGUUGGAUGCGAAUUGUCCCAAGGACGGCGAGGAAGUGAGCGACCGAAUAAUCCACGGCGAUUAUCGCUUAGAUAAUUUGAUCUAUGACGAACGAUCGGAUGAUGUUCUCGCGGUACUAGAUUGGGAAUUGUCUACCGUUGGUUGUCCGCACGCGGACGUGGCGUAUAAUUGCUUACCAUAUUAUUUACCUCCCGGAUUAGAGUUUUAUCCUUCCUUCGGCGAUUCGAAUCAAGUGCCGGCAGGAGUACCUACCGAGAAGCAAUACUGCAAUAUCUGGGCGCAACACGCGCGUUUACCGAAUAUCUGCGGAAGCUCAAAGUGGAAGUUCUACGUUGCCUUGUCAAUGUUUCGUGGCAUGGCUAUUUUAGCCGGUGUUCGUGCCCGAGCGGUCGCCGGAAAUGCGUCUUCUAGAAACGCACGACAGGCGGGUUCGUUGGUAGAAGUCUUCGCCAAACGCGCGUACGUUGUAGUCGUCCAAGGAGGUGCUUCAAAAGUUCCAAGGCAAGAGAUUAAAGGUGGUUAUGAACCUAGUGAAAAGUGCAUGAUGUUGUUAGAAAAACUCAGAGCGUUUAUGAGUGAGCACGUGUACGAUGCCGAGGAAGUUUUUGAAAGACAUGCGACGACAAACGAGCGAUGGUCUGUGCAUCCCCUAAUGGAGGAAUUGAAGAAGAAAGCGAAGGCAAAAGGAUUGUGGAACCUGUGGUUGCCCUUAGAUUCGGCAGCGUUAAUUAAGAUUGCAAAUGCUCGCGGCAACGACGAAGCGUUGUACAAAGGACCGGGUCUGACAAACUUGGAAUACGCGCAUUUGGCCCGGGAGAUGGGUAAAGUCCCCUGGGCGUCUGAAAUUUUCAACUGUUCGGCGCCAGAUACCGGGAACAUGGAGGUGUUGUUGCGCUAUGGAACGAAAGAGCAACAAGAGAGGUGGUUGUUACCGCUUUUAAUGGGCGAUAUCCGGUCGUGCUUUGCAAUGACUGAACCAGCGGUAGCGUCCUCAGAUGCCACGAACAUUGAAAGUUCCAUUGCGAAAAGCACGAACGGCACGCAAUACGUCGUGAAUGGUCGAAAAUGGUGGACGAGCGGUGCGUGCGAUCCGAGGUGUGCGAUUGCUAUAUUUAUGGGCAAGACAAAAACAACGGGUCCGCAACACGAGCAGCAGUCCAUGGUUCUCGUUCCAAUGCUAAACAAUCAUAAAGUGAAAGUCGUUCGUCCGCUUUUAGUCUUUGGUUAUGAUGACGCUCCACACGGUCACGCCGAGGUCAUAUUCGAUAAUGUUGUCGUCGAUGUAAAGGAAUCUCUCUUAGCACGCGAAGGUGCUGGAUUCGCCAUUGCGCAAGGUCGUUUAGGACCUGGACGAUUACAUCAUUGCAUGCGCUUGGUAGGUAUGGCCGAACGAAGUUUAGACGUCACCUAUGCCCGUGUGAAAUCUCGAGUCGCGUUUGGUAAACCGUUAUCCGAAAACUCAAACGUUCUGAACGUAUUAGGAAAUUGUAGAGUUGAAGUAGAUGGAGCACGCUUACUCACUUUGUAUGCAGCGCACGUUUUGGAUCAGCUAGGCAUAAAAGAUUCGCGCGCGAGAAGUGCAGUGGCGGCGUGUAAAAUUUCUGCUCCCAACGUGGCGUGUUCGGUUAUCGAUCGGUGCAUCCAACUCUUUGGCGGAGAAGGCGUGAGUCAAGAUUCACCUUUAGCUCGAUUAUACGCCGGCGCGCGAACGCUCCGUAUUGCCGAUGGCCCGGAUGAAGUUCAUUUAGAAACCGUAGCAAAAAUAGACUUAAGGAGAAGUAAGUUGUAG